AUGAGAAGGGGGUAUGGGUCCGAGGGAGUGCAGUGCGGUGCCAUCAGCAACGCCUGCCAUGAGAAGGGGGGUAUGGGUCCGAGGGAGUGCAGUGCGGUGCCAUCAGCAACGCCUGCCAUGAGAAGGGAGUAUGGGUCCGAGGGAGUGCAGUGCGGUGCCAACAGCAACGCCUGCCAUGAGAAGGGAGGAGCAGCAUGGCGGAGUGGAGAGCUGGUGGGGGCGGCUGCAGAGCGGGAGGCGCGGCAGCAGCAGCUACACGGGAGGGAGGAGGGAGGCGGGUGGAGUGCGGAGGAGGAGGGAGCAGCAGCACCAGCAGCCUUCUUUCAGAAGGGAAGCGGGAGGCGCGGCAGCAGCAGCUACACGGGAGGGAGGAAGGAGGCGGGUUGGAGUGCGGAGGAGGGAGCAGCAGCACCAGCAGCCUUCUUCAGAAGGGAGGCGCAGCAUGGCGGAGUGGAGAGCUGGUGGGGGCGGCUGCAGAGAGGGAGGCGCGACAGCAGCAGCUACACGGGAGGGAGGAGGGAGGCGGGUUAG